AUGCCCAGCAUGUGGUUAACAGAGAACCAGAAGAUCGGUGUGAUCUUCUGCUCAGCCGGAGGCUUGUUCCUAUUUGGAGGAGUGGUGAUGUUCUUUGAUCGGUCAUUACUUGCUAUGGGAAAUGUCCUCUUUCUCAUCGGAUUGACUCUGAUCAUUGGUGUUCAGAAAACCAUGGUCUUUUUCACGCGCCCUGCAAAGCUCAAGGGCACUGCCGCUUUCGCCGCUGGUAUUAUGCUCAUUCUCUUCCGCUGGCCCUUGACUGGGUUCUUGAUAGAACUCUACGGCUUGUUCAUCUUGUUUGGCGACUUCCUUGUCACGAUCGGUCAAUUCGCCGGUAACAUCCCCGUGGUAGGGCCGUAUAUCCAACGUGGACUUGAGGUGCUUGCAGGUGGGAGGAGCAAUGCCGAGCUUCCCGUAUGA